UUUAUGCUUCAGCUUUCUUAUUUAUGAGCUCCAGUCCACCCCCCCCAGGACCCCUCUAGGACGGUGUGACCGCGUAAAUGAAGUGUGAAGACGACAUGGGAAGCCCCGCGUACCCGAGAUGACCGAUGAUUUGGUCCAAAUAAUCGCUUCUUUUUGUCGCCAGAGAGGGAAACUUAAAACAAGGCUUGUUUUUGGAGUUCCACCUCCCCUCCUCUCUCCCCGUAGGAUUUGAUUCAAAGGCGAAAACCAAGAUGGCCGCCGAUUCCGUGCAGGGGGAUGCCAGGGGCCAGCUGGUGGCGGAGCGACUGGGUCUGGGACACAACCUGGACCUGUCCGACACCAUGGUCCAACAGAAGCUGGACGAGAUCAAGGAGCAGAUCCGCCGUGAGAUCCGCAAGGAGCUGAAGAUCAAAGAAGGUGCAGAGAACCUGCGCAAGGUUACCACAGACAAGAAGAGCCUGGCUUAUGUCGACAACAUGCUGAAAAAAUCUAACAAGAAGGUUGAGGAGCUUCACCAGGAGCUGCAAGAGCUCAACGCCCACAUUGUGGUCAAAGACCCUGAAGAACUGCUAGAAUGCCCUUUGACCCCAGAUACCCCCAACAGUGAGGCAAGAAUGUGCACCAGCAGCAGCCGCCUCGCUGCCCUGAAAAGACAGAAUGACAUCGAGCUCAAGGUCAAACAGGGUGCUGAAAACAUGAUUCUGAUGUACUCCAACGGUCCCUCCAAGGAUCGUAAGUUGCUAGCGACUGCACAACAGAUGCUUCAGGACAGCAAGACAAAAAUCGAGUUCAUCAGGAUGCAGAUCCUCAAGGCCAGCCAGGCCAGCGAGCUGAGCUUCGAAAAUAAUGAUGUGAUGGACAAGCCCAUCAUCAGCCCGUUGGACCUGCGGGUGGAGGAGCUGUGCCACCACGCCAAGAUAGAGUCCGCUGUGGCCGAAGGAGCCAAGAACGUCAUGAAGCUCCUGGGCUCGGGAAAAGUCACAGAAAAAAAAGCGCACUCAGAGGCCCAGGCUCGUUUUAACGAAUCCAGCCAAAAGCUCGACCUCCUGCGAUAUUCCUUGGAGCAACGCCUCAACGAGUUGCCUAAAAACCACCCUCGCAGCAACAGCAUCGUGGAAGAGUUGUCACUGCUCUCCUCACCAGCCCUCAGUCCCAGAUCCAGCAUCAUCUCCACACAGAACCAGUACAGCACCGUGACGAAGCCCGCCGCACUCACAGGCACAUUAGACGUCAGGCUCAUGGGCUGUCAGGACCUUUUGGAAAAUGUCCCGGGCCGUUCCAAAGCCGCGUCGGUCCCGCUGCCCGGCUGGAGCCCCAGCGAGACGCGCUCGUCCUUCAUUAGCCGAGCAAACCGAAACCGUGGCGUGAGCUCGCGGAACCUGACAAAGAGCGAGGAGCUCUCCAAUGAGAUCAGCGCAGUGUUGAAGCUGGACAACACAGUAGUCGGCCAGACGAGCUGGAGGUCGGUUAGCAACCAGGCCUGGGACCAGAAGUUUACAUUGGAGCUGGACCGGUCUCGUGAGCUGGAGAUAUCGGUUUACUGGCGUGACUGGCGUUCGCUCUGCGCUGUCAAGUUCCUGCGGCUGGAGGACUUCCUCGACAACCAGCGUCAUGGGAUGUGUCUGUACCUGGAGCCACAGGGGAUGUUGUUUGCUGAGGUAACAUUUUUCAAUCCUGUCAUUGAGAGAAGACCAAAGCUGCAAAGACAAAAGAAGAUUUUCUCAAAGCAGCAAGGUAAAACCUUCCUGCGAGCCCCCCAGAUGAACAUCAACAUUGCCACCUGGGGCCGCCUGGUGAGAAGAGCCAUACCGACCGUCAGCACCAACUCCUUCAGCCCGCAGGCGGCUGAGACUGGGCCCAGCAGCCUUCCCGGUUCACCCACACCCAGCAGCGACCCACUGGUGACUAAGCUGGACUUCGACAAAGAGCCCACCCCAGGACCCAAACACUACCUGGCACCGGACAGCAUCCGAGAACCGCUGGUGCAGGAUAAGAUGCCCAACAAGGAGGAAGUACAGGAUGCACUCGCCUCGUUUGACUUCUUGAACAAGAGAAACAGCAUAGCGGUGAAGCCAGACCUGGACAGAGUGGUGGAGCAGGAGAUCCAGCAUCCGGACCUGGAGCUCACCGCCAUCCAGAAAGACGCAGAGAUAAGGGAAGAAGAGCAGUUCCACUUCAGUCUGCAGGACUUCAAAUGCGUGGCAGUCCUCGGACGUGGUCACUUUGGAAAGGUGUUGUUAGCAGAAUAUAAAAGCACGGGGGAGAUGUUCGCUAUCAAGGCUCUGAAGAAAGGAGACAUUGUGGCUCGAGAUGAGGUGGACAGUCUGAUGUGCGAGAAGAGGAUUUUCGAAACGGUGAACAGCGUCCGCCACCCGUUCCUGGUCAACCUGUUUGCGUGUUUCCAGACGCAGGAGCAUGUUUGUUUUGUCAUGGAGUACGCAGCGGGAGGCGACCUGAUGAUGCACAUCCACGCUGAUGUUUUCUCUGAGCCCAGGGCCGUAUUUUACGCAGCCUGCGUCGUAUUGGGAUUACAGUUCCUACAUGACCAUAAGAUUGUGUACAGAGAUUUGAAGCUGGAUAACCUGCUCCUGGAUACAGAGGGAUAUGUAAAGAUUGCUGACUUUGGGCUUUGCAAAGAAGGAAUGGGUUUUAGGGACCGCACCAGCACAUUUUGUGGCACACCAGAGUUUUUAGCUCCUGAGGUUUUGACUGAGACGUCGUACACUCGUGCUGUGGACUGGUGGGGCCUGGGCGUCCUGAUCUUUGAGAUGCUGGUCGGGGAGUCGCCCUUCCCAGGUGACGAUGAGGAGGAGGUGUUUGACAGCAUUGUCAACGAUGAAGUCCGCUACCCACGGUUCCUCUCGACCGAGGCCAUCUCCAUCAUGAGGAGGCUUUUGAGGAGGAGUCCAGAACGACGGCUGGGAGCAGGAGAAAGGGACGCAGAGGAGGUUAAGAAACAUCUAUUCUUCAGGAACAUGGACUGGAACGGACUGUUGGCCAAGAAGGUGAAGCCGCCGUUCGUGCCAACCAUUCAGGGCUCCAACGACGUCAGCAACUUCGACGAUGAAUUUACCUCAGAGGCUCCGAUCUUAACCCCGCCCAGGGAACCCCGAGCGCUGAACUCCGACGAGCAGAACAUGUUCUCUGACUUUGAUUACAUCGCUGACUGGUGUUAGCUUCACCGGACCCCCGUCUAUACACACAUGCACACACAUGCACACACACACACACACACACACACACACACACACACUGUGAACCAACCAACACAGCUAUGACUGUAGCUCACAUCAUUUUAAAACUUUUCUCUUCCUCCAAAAUGUUGAGGAGGAGCAGGGAACGGGGCUCCACGAGCCUCCGGACGAACGCUCUGUGCCAUUGAGAAGAAACUCCAGAAGCCUCCCGAGGACCCCCACUUAUUUUUUUAAUCUACAUGAAGAACUUUUUUUUUUUCUUAAGGAAAAAGAAAACAAAUUGAACUCUGUUGUUGGAGAGUGAAGGAGGAGGGAUGCUUCGUCCUCCGGCACGUUGUCGUCAUGUCCGUUGUCUGACCACUGAGAAUGUUUUUCAUACGAACUCCGAGAAGACGGCAACAUCACAAUCGCGUUAUUCAGUGUCACUGUCUUCAGCUUUUUGAUCUGUACAGAUUAUAUUCAGUCGUAUUUUAUUGUCGUGUGUCUUUAAUUGCAAAGCCCUCGCCAUAGCUUAAGGACAUUUUUAUCUCACUGUAAAGUUUGACAUUGUUGCCACGAUCACGUCUGAAACUGGUGUUCGGUGCAUUACAAGUGCCCUCAGCAUCUAUCACUGAACGGUCAGCUACAACAAACAUCUUGACUACUACUGCUGCUUCUUGACUUGAAAUCCCAGUAAGAGUCUUCACACUACAUUUUUUUUCCACGUAGGGGCCCAGUUUUUGUCCACAACCUGUGUUUCAACCUCACUUUGUAUGCCUGCAUACAACAACCCACACAACAACAAGCUUCAGCAUAAAACAGCAGUGCAUGCAGUGUUACACACUGCUUAAACUGUUAAACUAAUUGCCUUCACUUAGGUUUAUUUGGAAAUGAGUGCAUACUUAAAAAUGCCUUUUGGUCAAAGGAAAUAAUGCAAAAUGUUUCAUAUUUUUUUCAGUCUGAUGCCCUCUAGUGGCUCAGCAGCUUGAGGAUGAUAUUCAGCUGAACUGAGUUUUGAAGCUGCAGGAGCAGCUUGGGGCUGCAGUAUCUUUUGGAGCAAUGACAUCAAACCAUAACAAUAAAUUAUUUUUUCAGAGCUGAGUUCAGCUGGA